AUGCCGCUUACGCCCAUCUUGAUCAUCGAAGUGUUCGAUUGUUGGGGAAUCAACUUCAUGGGACCGUUUCCUACAUCAUUUGGUUACCUCUACAUUUUGCUUGCCGUUGAUUAUGUAAGCAAGUGGGUAGAAGCCAUUCCCACUCGUACCAAUGAUGCCCAAGUCGUGGUUGAUUUUCUUCGGGAGUACAUUUUAGCAAGAUUCAGGAUGCCGCGGGCUAUCAUCAGUGACCAGGGGUCUCAUUUCUGCAAUCGGUCCAUUGCCGCCCUAAUGAAGAAGUAUGCCAUCAUUCACAAAGUCUCAACGGUUUAUCACCCGCAAACGAAUGGCCAAGCGGAGUUGGCGAAUCGGGAGAUCAAGAACAUCUUGGAGAAGACGGUUAAUCCUACCUGUAAAGAUUGGUCAACUCGAUUGGUCGAUGCUUUGUGGGCUUACCGUACUGCUUACAAGAUGAUUUUGGGGAUGUCACCAUAUCGGUUGGUCUACGGGAAAGCGUGCCACUUGCCGGUAGAGCUUGAGCAUAAAGCAUAUUGGGCCAUUAAGAAGUUGAAUUUCAAUAUGGCCAAAGCCGGUGCCCGCCGCAAGCUCCAAUUGACGGAACUCGAGGAGUUGAGGUACAAUGCUUACGACCAUUCUAGCGCUUAUAAAUCUAAACUCAAAGCCAAGCAUGAUAAUAAAAUUGUGAUUAAAAACUUUGAGCCCGGUCAAAAAGUGUUAUUGUAUAAUUCUAGGUUGCAUUUACACCCCGAGCCGAAGGAGUUGACCUUAGAAGCCGUUCGGAUGACGAAAAGAGCCGGUGACGCAAAAGCCUCCAACUUGGUCGAGGGGCUGAAAUUUCAGUUGCUGUUCUUGUGUUAUCGGAUUUUGCAUUGUCGGGGUAAAUUUUUGUGCGAAUUUGCUGCUAUUGGACUGUUUCCGUUACGGGGGCUGAAAUUUGCUGCAGGUGGUUGUUUGACUGAAGUUUGGGGGUGCUCUGUUUUGUGA